AUGCUUUCGCUCUCUUUCUUGAUCAAGGCUCUGCCGGCUCUGUCGGCCACCGUCUUGGCUUCCGCCAGCCUGCCGGCCAAGCCUUCGGAUCUGUCCACCCCCAUGCAGGUCCGCAUCUCCGUCAGCGGCGCAAACAGCAUCUCUGUCGGCUGGAACACGUACCAGCAGUCUGGCAGCCCUUGCGUCAGCUACGGCACCUCUCCGAACUCUCUUACCCAAAAGUCCUGCUCGACCAAGUCCGAGACGUACCCGUCGGCGCGCACCUGGUUCCAUACCGUCUAUCUGAACAAUUUGACUCCUGCCACCAAGUACUACUACAAGAUUGCGUCGACCAACUCUACCGUGGAGCAGUUCCUGUCGCCCCGUACUGCUGGUGACAAGACCCCGUUUGCCAUCAACGCCAUUAUUGACCUUGGUGUCUACGGAGAGGACGGCUACACGAUCAAGAACAACAAUGCAAAGCGAGAUACAAUCCCCAACAUCCCCCCUUCGCUCAACCACACGACUAUUAAGCGCCUUGCCGACACGGCUGACGACUACGAAUUCAUCAUCCACCCGGGCGACCUCGCCUACGCUGAUGACUGGGCGCUGCGACCCAAGAACCUCCUUGACGGAAAGAAUGCGUUCCAGGCCAUCCUGGAGCAGUUCUACGGACAGCUUGCGCCCAUUGCCUCGCGCAAGCCGUACAUUGUCAGCCCUGGCAACCACGAAGCCUCGUGCGAGGAAAUUCCCCAUACCACAUGGCUCUGCCCAAGCGGCCAGAAGAACUUUACCGACUUCAUGACGCGCUUCAAGGGCAACAUGCCCAGCGCGUUUGCGUCGACGUCGAAAGUCGACAAGGCCAAGGUGAGCGCGAACAAGGCCCAGCAGCUGGCCAACCCGCCGUUUUGGUUCUCGUUUGAGUAUGGCAUGGCGCAUAUUGUCAUGAUCAACACGGAGACUGAUUUCCCGUCUGCGCCGGAUGGCCCCGACGGCUCGGCCGGUCUCAACAGCGGCCCGUUUGGCGGCCCUCAGCAGCAGCUGCAGUUCCUCGACGCGGAUCUGGCGUCGGUGGACCGCACUGUCACCCCGUGGGUCGUGGUCGCCGGCCACCGCCCGUGGUACACGACCGGUGGCGACGGUUGCACGCCGUGCCAGAAGGCGUUUGAGCCGCUCUUUUACAAGUACGGCGUCGAUCUAGGCGUGUUUGGCCACGUGCACAACUCGCAGCGCUUCAACCCCGUGUACAACGGCACGCAGGACGCCGCCGGUCUGCAGAACCCCAAGGCGCCCAUGUACAUUGUCUCGGGCGGCACGGGCAACAUUGAGGGGCUCAGCGAGGUCGGCAGCAAGCCCAGCUACACGGCGUUUGCGUACGCCGAUGACUUUAGCUAUGCGACGAUUCGCUUCCAGGAUGCGCAGAACCUCAAGGUCGACUUUUACCGCUCGGCGACGGGCGAGCUGCUCGACAGCUCGACGCUGUUCAAGGCACACAAGGACCAGUUUGUCGUGCAGAGCUAG